AUGACUGAAACUGAACAGAAACUAUUGGAGAACGAACAAAAUAAAGAUGAUGUUGUUAAAGUUUCAAAAUGGGAUGGUCCAACUGUUCGAAUGACUUUAAAUGAUGUUGUUAGAAAAGAAAUAUCAAGAAAAUUUCCUUGGACGGAAAGACAUGUUAUAACGGAUGUAAAAUUACUCAUUUCUUUUAUCUCGGUUAUUUUUGCUGGUUACUGUUGUUACUAUGAUUGGUAUAACUCAUAUCCAAAAAGUAAAAUGGUAAUCACUGUAUGUGCUCCAUCAUACUUUAUUCUUAUGGGAGUUCUUUGGUUAUAUACAUAUUUUGUUGAAGGAAAUGCUUUUUAUUAUGGUGUAGAAAAGACUGGAAAAAAUGGAAAGAAAGUUGGUUAUUGGACAGUUGCUUCUGAAAUGGGAAAAUAUGAUGAUAAAUAUACAUUAAUUAUUACCUAUAAACAAGGAGAAAGUACUGGUACGUACAAAAUAACAAAAUCAGUUGGAUCAUAUAUCACUGAGGAAGGACAAGUUAUUCCAGAAAAGAUUGCUGCUGAUAUUUGCAAGUUAGUCAAUGAUGCAAGUUCAAAUGAUAAAGAAAAAUAA